AUGGACCGCGACGAGUUCCGAACAGCGGCUCACUCAGCCAUUGACGAUAUCCUUGGCUAUUUCGACAGCGUUCCCGACCGGAGAGUCCUCCCGGCCCUCGACCCCGGAUACCUGCGCCCUCUAAUCCCUGAGAACCCCCCAACUGAACCGGAAGCCUGGGACCAGAUCCAGCAGGAUGUCGACACUAAGAUCAAGCCGGGGCUGACCCAUUGGCAGUCGCCGAAAUUCAUGGCGUACUACCCCGCCAGUGUAACAUAUCCGAGCAUUCUGGGUGAGAUGUAUUCGGCGGCAUUCACCGCACCAGCGUUCAACUGGCUCUGCUCGCCGGCCUGUACGGAGCUGGAAACCAUCGUGAUGGAUUGGGUGGCAAAGGCAUUGGGACUUCCGCAGUGCUUCUUGAGCACCUCAGAGAAUCUAGGUGGCGGUGUCAUCCAGAACAGUGCGAGCGAUGCCAUUGCGACCAUCAUGGUCGCUGCCCGAGAACGCCGGGUGCGCGAGUUGGUGCUGGCCGAGGGUUUGGAGGAGGGAACCAACGAAUAUGAUGAACGCAAAAUGGAUCUCCAGCCACGGUUGGUGGCGAUCGCCAGUGAUCAGACACACAGCAGUGCAGCCAAGGGAGCGUUGAUCGCCGGUACCCGUUUUCGCAGUGUGAAGACCGGAUUGGAGGAGAAUAUGGAGAUGACGGCUGCACGUCUGCGAGAGGUAUUGGAGAAGUGCGACAAGGACGGAUUGACUCCGUAUCAUCUGACCAUGACUUUUGGUACAACCAACACCUGCAGUGUCGAUCGCUUUGCCGAAAUUAAGGCCGUGCUGCAGGAGAAGCCUGCAUGGCAGCGCAUCUGGGUGCAUGUGGAUGCAGCCUAUGCGGGGGCCUCCCUUGUCGCGGAUGAGUGGCAGUACAUUACCAAGGACUUUGCUGAGGGCGUAGACAGUUUCAACAUGAACAUGCACAAAUGGUUGCUGGUCAACUUCGAUGCAAGUGUCCUUUUUAUCCGCAAUCGUCUCGAUCUGACAAACGCCCUCGACAUCACCCCCGCCUAUCUCCGCAAUCCUUAUUCAGAUAUGGGUACUGUGAUCGACUACCGUAACUGGUCCAUCUCUCUCGGUCGCCGUUUUCGAGCGCUAAAGAUCUGGUUCGUGAUGCGUAGCUACGGCUUGAACGGCAUGAAAGCGCAUAUUCGCAAGACAAUCGGCCUGGGCAACAUCUUUGCUGAUCUAGUCCGCGGUCGUGCCGAUCUGUUCGAAAUUGUCACCAAGCCAGGUUUCUGUCUAACUGUGUUCCGCAUCAAAGGCCCGACCUCAAACAGCACUAAUGGUGUGGUCGUCAAAGACGAGGUGGCCGAUAGCAUCACUAAGAAGGUUUAUGAAUUGAUCAACUCGCGGGGCGAGAUUUUUAUUACCUCGACCGUGAUUGAUGGCGUCUAUGUCAUUCGUGUGGUCAGUGCCAACCCGAUGGCAGAGGAGAAGUAUGUUCGCAAUGCGUUUGAUAUCAUUGUUCGCACCACCGAGGAGGUAUUGCAACAGAAAUAG